GUCAGGGCCUCGAGACAUCAAUACACCCAUUCAUGCACAUCUUUGGGUUUUUGCUAUUACUUUGGAUUGAAUGUGAAAAAUCACAUUUUUAUAGUGCCUUUCAAGAGACCCAAGCUUUACAUGCUGUAAACAAACAAACAAACAAACAAACAAACAGGAAAAUAAAUAUCAGUGGGACAGUGAUGAACCCAGGACUUCUUCUUCUUCUUCUUCUUCUUCUUCUGUGGACUCUCUGUUCACCUUGUCUUUUCCUCCUGCUCUCUGAUUGGUCCUCCUCUCCCCCCUCUCCUCUGAUUGGUGCAGAGCCGUGCCCCUCGCUGCUGCUUCAGAGACACAUGGCGGAGCUGCUGAGCGUCGAUAAAGAAAUGGCCGCCUCGUUCCUGAACAGCGUCUUGAACCAGCUCAACUGGGCCUUCAGCGAGUUCAUCGGCAUGAUCCAAGAGAUCCAGCAGGCUGCAGAGCGUCCAGAGAGGAACUUUGUGGACACUCGUCAGCUGAAGGUGUGUGCCACGUGCUUUGAUCUGUCCGUCAGUCUGCUCCGGGUUCUGGAGAUGACGGUGACUCUGGUUCCUGAGAUCUUCCUGGACUGGACCCGACCGUCUGCAGAACUGCUGCUGCGGAGACUCGCUCAGAGCUUUCUUCUCCUUCUCGGCUGCAGAGAGAAGAUCUUUGAUGCGUCGCUUCAGAGCGCUUCG